CUUCUCUUCUCUCCCCUCUUCUCUUCAGCAUCCUCAUGGCUCCCGUCUGCGAAGCUCUCCAUCUUCACAGACGGCCGGUUCACUAUCAGGGCACUUGAGAGUCCUCACAAUCCCUUCAUCCUUUCGCCAUGGCUUCUGCUAAUUAUUUGUCUCCUACGUCCUCGACAGCAACGCCAACAUGGCGCCACUUCGAGCGAAAGGUCGAUGAGGUUAAGCCAUCCAAAACUGAUAUGAACCAUCUGGUCAUGGACUAUUUAGUGACUAAUGGCUACCCGGCCGCGGCUCAGAAAUUUGCACUGGAAGCCAAUAUCCAACCAGUGAAUAUUGCAUCUAUUCGGGAACGGGUAGAAAUUCGCAAUGCUAUUUACUCGGGAAAUAUUCAAGCUGCAAUUGAGAAAAUUAACGAACUGAACCCUGAGAUUCUGGAUGAAAACCCAUCUCUGCAUUUCUCGUUGCUGCGCUUGCAGCUUGUGGAGUUGAUUCGCUCUUGCACGCUUACCCCUGAUGGAGACAUCAGUCCGGCUCUUGAGUUUGCCACAUCACAGCUCGCUCCUCGCGCACCAACAAAUCCUCAGUUUCUGGAAGACCUGGAGAGGACGCUCGCGCUUCUGAUUUUCCCCCGUGAAAAUUUGACUCCAUCGCUUGCUCCUCUUCUGCACUCCGACCUACGUAGGGAUAUUUAUGCUAAGGUCAAUGCAGCCAUUCUGCAAAGCCAAGGCGCUCGUACCGAAGCCCUGCUGUGCGACUUCGCCAGGCUAUACGCCUGGGCGGAGCAGCAAGCACGGGAAGCUAAGAAGGACAUCCCCGAUAAGCUAGACCUUGGACUUGGGGAUUCCAAUAGCACAAGUAAUACCUCUCAACAUGCGAGAGGGCCCAGCCAGAAUGGCACCUCUAACGACACUGUAAUGACCAAUAACGGAGACAUUGAUCCGAUGAUUUCGUGACGGGCUGGGCCUGUCGUGUAACCACCAGCGGUAUGAUGUUGAACUCUAAUAUCUUAAUGGCCUUUGUGCCCUCCAUGAUUGAUGAUACGCCUCGGACGUUUUGGCAUGGCGUCCGUCAACUAGACAUUGGUGCAUACGCAUGUAAUCAAUUGCGCUUCGAAUGAGAUUAUUGCUUGAAUUUUCC